CAAUUCAAUUUGGGUCUCGACUAUCUCUCUCCCUCUCAGUUUUUUCAUUCUCUUUUCUUUGAACCAGAGCUCUUUAUCCCUCCUUCCUCAAUAUUCAACAAGGUUUCUGUCUGGUCAGAGGAAAAUGGGAAGCACCGGUGCUGAUAAAAUUCCAGUAUAUGCUGAAACUGAAGGUUCUGAGACUACAAUAGAAAUAAAAAUAAAAACUUUGGACUCCCAGACUUAUACUAUGAGAGUGGAUAAACAGAUGCCAGUUCCUGCACUAAAAGAACAGAUUGCUUCUGUAACGGGUGUGUUAUCAGAGCAACAGAGAUUAAUCUGUCGCGGCAAAGUUCUAAAAGAUGACCAACUUCUUUCUGCAUACCAUGUCGAGGAUGGUCACACCUUGCACCUGGUGGUCAGGCAGCCGGUUCCACCAUCAUCUGAUGGCUCACCUCAUCUUUCAGAUGAUCCUGGAUCAGGUACAAGCCGCAGUCAUAGUAAUCAUGUCCCAAAUGUUGUAAUAGAAACUUUUAAUUUGUCUGAUCAAGGGGAUGGAGUUUCUCCUGAAAUUGGUCGGCGGAUUGUCCAAGCCGUUCUCAGCUCUAUGGGAUUUGCAAAUAUGGGAAUUAGCAACAUUGGGGGAGAUGUCGGGGAACUCGGUUCACAACGACAUGAAAGAACUUCUGGUAGUGGCAUACCAGAACCAUCCCAGGGUCAAACUGAACAAUCAACCAUGAGGAAUCAAUCUGAUAGAGCACAUACUGCUUUUGGACUUCCAGCAGCAGUUUCCUUGGGGCCUAUGCAACCUCCUGUAAUUCCUGAUUCUUUAGCUACUUUGUCUCAAUAUCUUAGCCAUAUAAAGCAUGAACUUGAUGGCAUUGUUAGAGCUGGGGGAAAUGAUCCCCAGACAGCUCCUGUGAGUAGGAGUGGAGAUAGAGAUUCUAUUCCUGCAUCAAAUUCAGGGACUAUAAGGGAAGGUCUUCCAACACCUGCAUCUUUGGCCGAAGUGUUACUCUCUACCAGGCAAAUGCUCAUUGAUCAGGCUGGAGAAUGUAUACAACAACUUGCAAGGCAACUGGAGGAUCAAGCAAAUGUGACUGACACCUCAACACGAACGAACGCACAGUCCAAUGCAUGGAGAACUGGAAUUUUGCUACAAAGCUUAGGCUCACUUUUACUUGAGCUCGGUCGUACAACCAUGACACUACGCUUAGGUCAAACACCUUCUGAAGCUGUUGUUAAUGCUGGACCUGCAGUUUUCAUAACCCCUACUGGUCCAAUCCCUCUCAUGGUUCAGGCUCUUCCUUUUCAACCGGGAACUAGCUUAAGUACCAUCCCCAUGGAAACUGCACAGCCUGGUUCUGGUGUGAUUAAUGGACUUGGGACAGGGUUUCUUCCUAGGCGUAUUGAUAUACAAAUACGAAGAGGUUCAACGACCUCCACACCCAAUAUUGUUCGACAAGAUCAUGAUACCACACAACAAUUGGGCCAAAGGAACCCGUCGAUGGGUUCCAGCAGUGAGAAUCAUAGCACUCAAACAACUUCAAGGGUCUCAGAUGCUCCAUCUUUUGCUGGAGAAUCAGGAGUUAGGGUAGUGCCUAUUAGGACUAUGGUUGCAGCUGUACCUGCUCCUUUGGGUCGUGUACCUUCAGAUUCUUCUGGUAGCUCAAUGGGAUUAUACUACCCAUUGCUCGGAAGGUUCCAGCAUCUCUCUCCUGGACAUUUGAGUGGUGAAAGGGGAUCUCAAGCAUCUGGUGAGCAUCUGUCCCCUGGUGCUCAAUCCGAGCAGCCUCCUAUUCCUGAAUCUGCAGUGCAAAAUCAAAGUUCACAAGAGUCUGCAAGAGAUGGUGAAUUACCAAAUGCUAAUUCAAGACAACAGGAGCGACUGAAUACACGCAGUGCCAACAGGAAUCAAAACAACCAAGAGGCUGAGGGACAAAUUCCUAGUAGCAUUCUUCAGUUUCUAAGGGGAGUUUUUCCUGGUAGUGAAAUCCAGGUAGAGGAAGCCAGUUUACAAGGAACGGCAACUGAUACUGUCAUGGAGCAAGCAGGAACAUCCAGUGGUAAUGCAGCAGCUGAGCAAAAUGGUACUGAUGAAGGGGUGUUUUUAUCUAAUCUGCUUCAUCAGAUCAUGCCAUACAUAUCUCAGCAUGCGGGAUCGCAACAAAGUGCUGUGUCUACAGAAGAAGCAAAUACAUCCACCCAGGCUGAGAGCUCUAGGACCGGGAAUUCACAUAGACCUAGCGACUCUGAACCAAACGCACCAAACUCAAAACGUCAGAAGACGGAGUAACGAAUGGAGAGAUGGUGGAUUUAAGGAAUCCUCCGGUAGUUAUGAAAUUGGUGACUACCGAUUUGAUGAGCUCUCAUGAACAGCGGCAGGACUUUUAUGCUAAAUGUGAGACUUUCAUAAUUGAUAUAGGGAAAUUUGAACUGUGGACGUUACCUUCGCUAUUCCAAAAUUGCAGCUCAUCUCCAAGUUUGAAUGUUCAACUUUUGUUAUUUAAUAAUUUUAUUAUCAUUUGAUAUUUAAUAAUAUUUAUUUUGUCAAA